AUGCUGCGGUUCGGAAGUGCCCUACACCACCGGCCGCGAGACGGGACACCUCUCCCGCACCGUCACCGUAGGCCUCGUGGACAUCGUGGGCGGCGGGAAGAACCUGUCCCACGUGCCGCCCUCGCGCAUCUCGGACUUCCGGGCGGAGAUCAACCCGGCGUCACAGCAGAUCACCUUCACCUGGACCUCCCCCGGAGAGUGGAGGGAUUAUGGGACGGUGAUGCAGUACGAGGUGGUCUUCUCCGCGACGCCGCCGCCACGGGCCGCGGCGUGGGCGAGUUCGCGCGCGAGUGGCCGUCGCCGAAGCCCGCGGGCGAGGUGUCCAGCCACGUCGCGCGGUGGGGGCGCCACGACGGCGUCUACUACGCGGCCAUCCGCGGGGAGAGCCGCAUGGGCGCCAAGGGGCCCUGGUCCAACACGGCCGAGUUCUUCAUGCCGCACCCGCCCACCACCACGGAGAUCAACACGCGCGGCUCCACCCAGGGCGGGCCCAUGGGCGGCAGCGUGUCCGAGCUGGGCGUCACCACGCCCCAGCCCGGCACGCUGUCCACCCGCGACAUCCUGGCCAUCGUGGGCGCCGGCUGCGGCCUGCUGGUGGUGGUGCUGAUCCUGGCCGUGUACUACCUGCUGGUGGUGACGCGGCGGCGGCGCCACCACCAGGAGAAGAAGGCGGUGGAGGUGCUGGAGCCCGUGACCACCACGCCCGCCGGCUGCGACACCGACAGCGAGACCGACUCCAUCAGCAAGCCGCCGCCGCCGCCCGAGGCCCUGGCCGUGGGCGAGCCCGAGGCCAAGGGCAAGCGCCCACUCAGCCCCAUCCAGUCGUGGCCGGCGUCCACGCUGCUGGCCGAGCACGAGCGGCGCCACGCGGGCGAGCCGGCCGACGGCGACGCGGCCGAGCUGGCGCUGCACCGCCCCGACCUGGGCGUGCCCUACAUGCCCACCAUGCAGCCCGCCCACCCGCACCCCUUCUACUACCACACGCCCAACGGCCACUACAUCGAAGACAGCCUGGCCAUGGACAGCGGCUCCGUCGUGUCCUCGCAGCCCUCGGACUCGCUCCUGGCCUACAAGGUCGACUCGGCCGCCCCCGACGCCCUCCGCCCGCCCGCCUCCUCCGCCACGCCCACGCCCGCGGCCUGGGAGAGCGCCCGGCGCCAGGGGCCCAUGAAGGUGCCGCCGCCCACGCCGCCCAAGCCCACGCUGGCCGCCCACCUCACGCUGGGCGGGGUGGCGGCCACGCCCCUCGGCACGGAGAGGAAGAGGCGGAACGUCACGCAGGUGUGAGGCCGCCCGGGCGACGCGGGCGGCCGCCGAUGCGGGCGGGGGCCUUUGCGGGCGGCGCCAGGCUGCAGGGCACUCUGGCGGGUUGGCACUCGGCGCGGACUGUCUCUGCCGCGAGUGCCAACGCCUGCGUGCGAUCACUGGCGACCCGACGCUGACGCAGAGGCUCCGAGGCGCCAAUGGACGCGCUGACGCGGCUGCGGGCGAAGGUCCUCCGCGCCCACCAGGACAGUGAGCGCCGACGCCGCAGCGCAGUGCUCGCGUUCUCUUGUUUCACAAACGCGGACAGAACUCGCGCCGCUCUUCUCGAACAUUCUCGCCGCCACGAGCCAACGCGCGAGUGGCUCCGAGCGAGGCGAAGUGAGGGCGUGAGGGCGCGAGGUGUGAGGGCGUCAGACUCUCGUAAGACUCCCCCGGGGACCCUCCGUCUGGCCAGGGCGCGCGCGUCCUCCCACGACCCGUUCCCCAAGGGCCUCGGACCUCACCCGAGUAGAAUACAUCGUGCUCAAUACUAUGAAAGAUGAUGAAAUAAAAAAAAAAAAUUGAUAAACCUCAGAAAGAAAAUGUAAAUCUCCAAAUUAAGAGAGAGAGAGAGAAAGCUCAAUUGGUUUGAGUCGAGCGUCAAGAGCUAGAGAGUAAAUUCCUGAGAUGGGAAGAAAUCUUUGUGUCCAGUGGUUAUCAAGUCACUCCCAAAACAGCCUCAGUUUCCAUAUCAGUAGAGUAGCACCGAACAAGCACCAGGUCACUAAAACCAUUAUAAUUUGGCUAAGUGUCAUUGUGAGUUUCCAUUUGUAAUUUUUCCGUUGUUGUUGUUGUUGUUGUUUGGACUCUCUCCGUUCUACUGUAUAGGAUAAACUAGCAUAUUGCUGUAUCUUAUAUUUACUUUACAAAAAAAAAAAAUGUAUUUCAUUAUUGUCUCUUUUGAAAUCAGCCGUUUUACCAGCCAUGAAUUUCAUCAGUCACACACACACACACACACACACACACACACACACACACACACACACACACACACACACACACACACACACACACACACACACACACACACACACACACACACACACACACACACAAGGCCCCAAUGUUAACGCUGGGAGUCCCCUUGACGCCAAAGGUUUCCAGACAGCAUUUGUGCAAGACAUGAGGAGUAAAGAAACGAAGUGAGGUUUACAAUACUGAAAGAAAUUUUGAGGUAUCUGAUACUGCAUUUUUUAUUACUAGCGAGUAAUGUUAGAUGUGAAGUGUCUGUAUGAAUGUAUUAGCUUAUUCAUGUUGGCAUCGGCGGUCCUGUUGGGCCACCGUAUUUCAUAAACUAAUUUAAAUCAUUUUUUUGUACUAUCAUUACAGCAAGAUGUACAAUUGUCGUCCAACUGUCGAAGUCUCUGCACAUAAUUACUCAAUAAUGUGUCUAUAACUGCACCAUUUUUGUAAAUGAUGUAAAUAGGAGGUUUUUGUGCCAAAUUUCGUGUGGGCCAUGUCUAUUUUUGUACUUGUGAUACAAAGACACGGGAAGUAGGCUACAGAGCUGCUUCUGGAGCAAGGAGAAAGAGAAGAAGAGGAAAGGAGAGGAGAAGAUAAUUGACAAAACAUGAAUAGAUUAAAAAAAAAAAAAAAAAAAAAAAAA